CGCCCCCGCCUGCCGCCACCAGCCCCGCCCCUCCCGCUGCUGCCGGCUCUCUCCGGCCCCGCGGUGCGGUGCGCGCCUGCGCUGGCCCUCGACUCGGAGCAGCCAUGAUGGAAGGCCUGGACGACGGCCCCGACUUCCUCUCGGAGGAGGACCGCGGACUUAAAGCAAUAAAUGUAGAUCUUCAAAGUGAUGCUGCUCUGCAAGUGGACAUUUCCGAUGCUCUGAGUGAGAGAGAUAAAGUAAAAUUCACUGUUCACACAAAGAGUUCGUUGCCAAAUUUUAAACAAAAUGAGUUUUCUGUUGUUCGGCAACAUGAGGAAUUUAUCUGGCUUCAUGAUUCCUUCGUUGAAAAUGAAGACUAUGCAGGUUAUAUUAUCCCACCAGCACCACCAAGACCUGACUUCGAUGCUUCAAGGGAAAAACUACAGAAGCUUGGAGAAGGAGAAGGGUCCAUGACAAAGGAAGAAUUCACAAAGAUGAAACAGGAACUGGAAGCUGAAUAUUUGGCAAUAUUCAAGAAGACUGUUGCAAUGCAUGAAGUAUUCCUAUGUCGUGUGGCAGCACAUCCUAUUUUGAGAAAAGACUUAAAUUUCCAUGUCUUCUUGGAAUAUAAUCAAGAUCUGAGUGUGAGAGGAAAAAAUAAAAAAGAGAAACUUGAAGAUUUCUUUAAAAACAUGGUUAAAUCAGCAGAUGGAGUAAUUGUUUCAGGAGUAAAGGACGUAGAUGAUUUCUUUGAGCAUGAACGAACAUUUCUUUUAGAAUAUCAUAACCGAGUUAAGGAUGCAUCUGCUAAAUCUGAUAGGAUGACAAGAUCCCACAAAAGUGCUGCAGAUGAUUACAAUAGGAUUGGUUCUUCGCUAUAUGCUUUAGGAACUCAGGAUUCUACAGAUAUAUGCAAGUUUUUUCUCAAAGUUUCAGAACUAUUUGAUAAAACCAGAAAAAUAGAAGCACGAGUGUCUGCUGAUGAGGACCUCAAACUUUCUGACCUUUUAAAAUAUUACUUAAGGGAAUCUCAAGCUGCUAAGGAUCUCCUCUAUCGAAGAUCUAGGUCACUAGUGGAUUAUGAAAAUGCUAACAAAGCACUGGAUAAAGCAAGAGCGAAAAAUAAAGAUGUUCUUCAGGCUGAGACAUCCCAACAAUUAUGUUGUCAGAAAUUUGAAAAAAUAUCUGAAUCUGCAAAACAAGAACUUAUAGAUUUUAAGACGAGAAGAGUUGCCGCAUUCAGAAAAAAUUUAGUGGAACUGGCAGAGUUAGAACUGAAGCAUGCAAAGGGUAACCUACAGUUGCUGCAGAACUGCUUGGCAGUGUUAAAUGGAGACACAUAAGCCACACUCCGCCUUUGGUUAAAAAGGGCUGCCUUCCUUCAGAUUUUAUUUUUGUUUUCUUAAUGAGAUUAGGCAUUUACUGCUCACUGGAAACAAAAGAAACAGCUGACCAAGUGCAUCUACUCUCCUUUUUUUCUGAGAAGCGAUGGAGCGGUGCCGUCCACGGGUUUUGCGGGUCCGUCCGUCCGUGUGGUGGAACGCUGCCCUCCUGCAGCUCCCCGUGUGCUCCCUGGGACGGUUGUCCAUCACCGUGCGCUCCUCCUCUUCCGAAGCCCAGCGUUCAGUCCUUUUUUAAGUAGCCUCUGUAACUGUCUUUAUUUUCUGAAUAGCGUUCCUUAUGGCUGCCAAUCUUAUUUCCCUUUAAGUAAUUUCUGAUGUUUAACCCUUUCAAAGAUGCAUUGUUCAGACAAGAUAAAGGUUGCCAUUACCUUUUGUUUUCUUUUGGUGUUUUUGUUAUGUUUUGUUUUGUUUUUUUAAAAACAUUGUAUGCCACCUUAGUUCAUCCAUGUAUCCUGGUAAAAGCAUCUUAAUCAGACUUAUUUUUAAUUAAUGAACAUUUCUUAGAAGUUUUGGGACAGACUUUAUGUAAUCUUUAUAAGUAUGAUUUCUGAUGAAAAGCGACUGCAUUAGUAUGUUUGCCUUAAACUUGUAGACUAAACCGACUAUUGUCAAAUAAACCGUGGUAACAGUGA